AUGGAUCGCCCAGUCGGACCUCCCGUGGAGGUCAAACAAGCCCUGCCACCACCCUCCACCACAAUCACAGGUCGCUCCGUCCAACUCGAGCCAUUAACCCCCACCCACAUUGACGACUUGUAUCCCCUCAUCGGUCAACCCGAACAAGCCCCUCUAUGGACAUACAUUCCCAAAGGCCCGUUCAACGACAAAGCCUCCUUCGCAGAACUUAUCACGACCUACUCCAACUCCAAAGAUCCAUUCUUCUACGCCAUCAUCAACAAAACCACCCAAAAACCAAUCGGCAUCUUCAGCCUCCUCCGCAUCGACCUAACCAACCGCGUUAUCGAAAUAGGCUUCAUAGUGUUCUCUCCUCUUCUCCAGCGCACGACCGCUGCCACGGAGGCCGUGUAUCUUCUCGCCAAAACGGUCUUUGAGGAUCUGGGGUACCGCCGUUUCGAGUGGAAAUGCGAUAAUCUGAAUGCGCCGUCGAAGAGGGCAGCAGUACGGUUUGGAUUUACGCCUGAGGGGGUGUUUCGCCAGCAUUUGAUUGUGAAGGGGCGGAAUCGGGAUACAGCUUGGUUUUCGAUUUUGGAUUCCGAGUGGCCGGUUGUAAAGGGGGCAUUUGAGAAGUGGUUGGAUCCGGGAAAUUUUGAUGCGGACGAGAAGCAGGUCCAGUCUUUGGUUGAGUUGAGGGGAGUUUGA